AUGCCACCAAAAGGGAACUACACGACCGCACACAAGCGUCUCCUCCGCGAGCUGCGGGAGCUUGUCGAGAACCCUGUGGAGGGCAUCAUUGCGUGUCCGAUAAGCGACGACGACCUCUUCCACUGGCGUUGCGUCAUCACGGGGCCCGAGGACACGCCGUACGAGUUCGGCGUGUUCGAGGCGAGACUGGACUUCCCGAGGGACUACCCGUUGUCGCCGCCAACGAUGAAGUUUGUGACGCCGCUGCUGCACCCGAACGUGUACAAGGACGGAAAGGUGUGCAUUUCGAUCUUGCACGAGCCGGGGAACGACCCGCUCAACUACGAGUCUGCGGACGAGCGCUGGGGCCCGCUGCAGAGCAUUGAGAAGAUCCUCUUGUCGGUGUCGUCGAUGAUCGCCGACCCGAACCCGAACUCGCCGGCCAACGUCGACGCCGCCAAGCUGUGGAGGUACAACAGAGACAGUUACAACAAGACCGUCGAGCAGCACGUUUUUGAAUCGCUCGGUCUCAAGCCACCGGCCCCGUGA